AUGGACGAAAAGCUUUGCUCGUUAAAUUUCAUUCUUUUCUCUCGUCCUAUGCCAUUGUCUAUUUAUGACAGUGAACAAUAUCUAUUCGAAAUCGCUCAAAGUUUCAUUCGUUCACGGGUCGUAUUCACUUCAUUAGAACUUCAAAUCUUCGAUUUAUUCUCGCAAUCUAAUCAUGGUUUGACUUGUGCACAAGUAGCUGAACAAUUGAGCUUACAUUACGUCCAAAACGAAUCCCGAUGUUUACAAGACGUAUUAGAUUGUCUAAAAUCGAUGAAAUUCCUGGAAUAUGAAAAAGAGAAGUUCACUUAUAAACUAACUGACUUUGCACGAAAUCUUCUUCUUCCUAAUCGACAACUUCUAUCAAACAUUGAUCGAGAUUUCUACGAUAAAAUGCCUCAAUUGAACGAACUUGUUUUGAAUAAUUCCAUCAAAGAUUCAAUUCAUUUGAUAAUGCUAUUACGAAUCAAACAAUUGGUUGACUUAACAGCUUAUUCGAAUGUUUCGAUCGAUUCCUUCGAUGAAAACGUCGAUGUCAUGGUCAUCUGGAGACAAGACGGUUGUCUCAAAGAAAAGAUCAAACAAGCGUACGAUAUAUUACCAUCCAGUAAGGCAAGUCUUCUGAUAUUAAUCAUCCCCAAUGACGAAGAUGAUGAAGUCACACUCGCAUUGAACAUCCUCUUGAACAUGACAACAACGAGCAAAGAAGCAGAAAAUCCCAAAGAAUUCUAUUCGACGAAAUUUUUCAAAAAAAUCGGUUUUCAAUCUAUUGAACGAUUGAAAUCAACAGAUGGAAUACAACUUCUACUUGCUUAUAAGUAA